AUGGGUUUUGCUCAGUUAAGCAGAGGGAGGUCAAGGAGAGCUCUAGCUCUGGCUCUUUGCGUAUGGAGCUUGAUCUCUCUGUCUUGUGCUGCUAGAUUGACUGAUUCCUCAAGGCAGAAGCUUGAUGUCCAGAAGCACCUCAACCGCUUGAACAAGCCCGCCGUGAAAAGCAUCAAGAGCCCAGACGGGGACAUAAUAGACUGCGUUCAUAUCUCUCAGCAAGCUGCUUUCGAUCAUCCUUACCUCAAAGACCACAAAAUCCAGAUGAGGCCUAACUACCACCCAGAAGGGUUAUUUAAUGAGAACAAGGUAUCUGAAAAAACAAAAGAAAGAUCAAACCCACAAGUCCAGCUAUGGCACGCGAAUGGUAGAUGCCCUGAAGAUACUAUACCCGUUCGGAGAACAAGGGAGGAUGAUAUUCUGAGAGCAAGCUCAGUCAAAGCAUAUGGAAGGAAGAAGCAGAGAUCCAUACCAAAGUCAGCAGAUCCUGAUCUUGCCAAUGAGAGUGGUCAUCAGCAUGCAAUAGUUUAUGUCAAUGGAGAUAAAUAUUAUGGAGCAAAAGCAACCAUAAAUGUCUGGGAACCCAAGAUACAACAACCUAAUGAGUUCAGCUUGUCUCAGCUGUGGAUAUUAGGAGGGUCUUUUGGUGAAGAUCUGAACAGCAUUGAAGCUGGUUGGCAGGUCAGCCCAGAUCUCUACGGUGACAACAACACAAGACUGUUUACCUACUGGACUAGUGAUGCAUAUCAAGCCACUGGUUGCUACAACCUCCUCUGCUCAGGCUUUAUUCAAAUCAACAGUGAGAUAGCAAUGGGUGCAAGCAUCUCUCCUGUGUCCGGCCUUCGAGGAUCCCAAUAUGAUAUCAGUAUACUCGUCUGGAAGGAUCCAAAAGAGGGGCAUUGGUGGAUGCAGUUUGGCAAUGACUAUGUGUUGGGUUAUUGGCCUUCUUUCCUCUUCUCAUACUUGGCUGACAGUGCUUCCAUGAUUGAGUGGGGAGGUGAAGUUGUAAAUUCAGAGCCUGAUGGGCAGCACACCUCUACUCAAAUGGGUAGUGGACGUUUCCCCGAGGAGGGAUUUGGGAAGGCAAGUUAUUUCAGGAAUAUUCAAGUUGUUGAUAGCUCCAAUAAUCUCAAGGCCCCCAAAGGGUUGGGCACCUUCACUGAGCAAUCAAACUGUUAUGAUGUUCAAACUGGCAGCAAUGGGGAUUGGGGGCAUUACUUUUACUAUGGAGGCCCAGACUUGUUUUGGGUGGGGUGGGGGGGUGGUGCCGUAGAGAAUAUGCUGUUUGAAGAGAAAGGUGGUUGUGGAUGA